AUGAACUCAAGAUCAGCUUUCUUACGCAAUCUGGCGAUGAACGGCAGUCGCACCAGCACAUAUACGUGGAAUUUCCUACUCGCAACAGCUGGGGUCGUAGCCGCGCAGUCUGGCAGCGACGCCCGCUCCUUUGCCGCAGCAGUUCAGAAUAUCAAUGGCAUGAGCUCCAUAUUCUCGCUCAUCCCCGUCCUCACAGGCAAAGUGCAGAACAUUAAGCUCAUCGCGGUGGGCAUGUUGCUCUUCAGCUGCGAGCUGUACCGCAAUGUCGUGGGCGAGUUCUCGUACCAUCACAACGAAUACGUCAACGUGUUCUCCCCGAGCCUCAUCCAUAUUCCCACCGGCACCCCGGAACGCCAUGCGUCGAAUGUGAUCAUUAAUCAUAACCCGUCUGAGGAUUAUAUGGUCGAAGCGUGGUUCCAGACGCAAGGACGCCCUGCGCAGGUGGAGCUGUACCAGACAGGCAAUGAACGGACCUUCCUUGGCAUGCUCGCGUACAUGCUGAUCUACUCCGUCGAGACGUUCCUUGGUGUGCGCACAGCAGCCACUGGGACCGGGAUAGUGUUGAUAGGCAUGCAGGCAGCUGCAGCGUUAUCCUGGAUAUGUGCCAUCUGCGUCCUGCAGAGGUGCCGAGGACAGGGCAAACGCUUUAUCGAGCUGAAUCGACUCGGUAGCUCGGAAUAUCGCUGCUUCAAGCUCGUAACCCAGGGCCAUAAUGUGCAUAGCGCGGUGUUCAGUAUACAUCUGAACAACCUGCAGGAGUUCAAUAUUUUCAGAUCUGAAUAUCAGACCAGAAGUCUGAAAUUUGUGGGUGCAGCCAUUCUUGUCAGCGCAGUCAUUGAUGCCCUGGCGACCAUCCUGCUCGUCGGUCUGAACUCGUGGGCAUAUGGCUGGCUUGGAUACCAGUCCGUCAUUUUAUUCGCGAAGGUGGUUUUCAGCUUAGAGCCUCUGCGAGAAAUAUCCAUCAAGCGUGUCUGGCCAAUGGUGAAUUGCUCGCAUCCUCUGCAGCCUGAGCGUGCAUCGCGUCUGCGCAAUGUCCGGCUGCCGAUGACCGUGAACUCUGCACCCGAAUUCACGUUCCUGGAGGUAUGCAUAGGAAAGAACAUUGUGGUGGAGCAGGCGACGAAGAGGCGCUGGCAGUCGUGCACCCCCGGGCUCUACAUAGGACAGCCCUAUUUCAGUGGCGAAAAAGAGUGUGCAAGCAGCCUGUCUGUCUCCAUUGUGCGCUACCUCGCGCUCUCCGAGGGGAAGCUCACUCUUACUGUCGACGAGCCUGCCAAGGAGAAGAAUCAGGCGCUCCAGCGGGAGUUCCUCGCCUGCCUCGCGGAGGUGACGAAGGCAAACAAGGUCCCCAGCUUGGAGUUCGUGCUUGCUGUGGAGACGACUAUGCGCGGAGUACGGCAGACGAUGGAUGCGCAGUGGUUCGCGUUCGGGACCAAGGACCUUGUGCAAUAUUUGGAGACAUGCAAGACCGCAAUAAUUUGGCGUAGCGUGAUAUGA